AUGCCGCAUGACCUUUCCCAUCUUGGCUUCCUUGCUGGUCAGAUUGGUCGUCUUAUUACCAUUUCAACUACUCCGGUUAUCGCUGGCGACUCCUUCGAGAUGGACGCCGUUGGCGCUCUCCGUCUUUCUCCAUUGCGUCGUGGCCUUGCUAUUGACUCUACUGUAGACAUUUUUACUUUUUAUGUCCCUCAUCGUCACGUUUAUGGUGAACAGUGGAUUAAGUUCAUGAAGGAUGGUGUUAAUGCCACUCCUCUCCCGACUGUUAACACU